UGCCUUUUCACAAGUGACGUACACCUUUGAAGUUGCCUAUAUUACUGAGGAUAGAAAGAGCGACCGUAUAAUUAUCAGUUUCUCACAAUUGUUUUCCCUCAAUUUGCACAUGUUGAUGUAGCUGUAACGAAUUCGACUGAGAAACAUAUAUUAUGUAGGAAUAAUUUGUCCUGAGCAUGAAAAAAAAUUAGCCAGUAAACAUUUAUGUUGACUGAAAUAUUUAGUAAUUAGUAUAGAUCAAUAAUAAUACGAGAAUAUAGGAUAAUGAUUAAAGGGAUAGAUGAGGAGAAUUUUGUAGGUGAGAGAGAGAAUAUAGGAUAAUGAUUACAUUUACAGGAUACGUGAAGAGGAGAAAUUUGUAGGUGAGAGAGAUAGAGUAUAAAUAGGGAUGGCAUUCGAAAUUAGUGUUUUGCAAGUUUUAUCCGUUUUUAGCGAGAGAGAGAAAUGUUUGUGUUGGAAGAGGAGGUGGUGGCAUGCAAUUCUCAAUCAAUCUCAUUCUCCCCCCUUUUGUUCUUUGCAUUUGGGUUCCGUUCUCUCUCUGAUGUCCUCUUUUCUUUCUAAAUCCUAUUGGAUUCCUCAUGAGACAAAAGGUCCUGCGCUAAGGUACAAUAUGAGUUUGACAGAAUCAGAAUUCUCAGAGGAGGGUGCAGCAGGCCUUCAAGAGCCUCCUGAUCCCAAUGUUAUUGAAAUUGAUCCCACUAGUCGCUAUAUUAGGUAUAAAGAAGUCAUUGGCAAAGGAGCUUUCAAGACUGUUUACAAGGCAUUUGAUGAAAUCAAUGGACUUGAAGUUGCAUGGAGCCAAGUUCAGAUUGAUGAGGUAUUACAGUCACCAGGUGGCCUAGAGAGGCUGUACUCAGAAGUACGUCUUUUGAAGACACUGAAGCACGAUAACAUAGUAAAGUUCUACAAUUCUUGGAUCGAUGAAAAGCACAGGAAUCUUAACUUGAUAACUGAGUUGUUCACCUCAGGGAGCCUUAGACAGUAUAGUCAGAAACACAAGAAGGUUGACAUGAAGGCUAUCAAAGGAUGGGCAAGGCAGAUUUUAAUGGGUAUAAACUAUCUCCACUCUCACAACCCACCUGUUAUGCAUAGGGACCUGAAGUGUGAUAAUAUAUUUAUUAAUGGUCACCGGGGAGAAGUUAAAAUUGGAGAUCUAGGGUUGGCAACUUUGUUGAAGCAGACUAAUGCCAAGAGUGUAAUUGGAACCCCGGAGUUCAUGGCACCUGAACUGUAUGAUGAACAUUAUAAUGAAUUAGCCGACAUAUAUUCUUUUGGGAUGUGCAUGCUUGAGUUGGUUACGUCUGAAUAUCCUUACCGUGAAUGUAGAAACUCAGCUCAGAUAUACAAGAAAGUUUCAUCUGGCAUAAAGCCUGCUGCACUUGCCAGAGUCAAAGAUCCAGAAGUAAAAUUAUUUAUUGAGAAAUGUCUUGUCCCAGCACCUCAAAGAUCGUCAGCAAAGGAGCUUCUGAUGGACCAUUUUCUCCAAGUGAAUGGUUCGUUGAAGAAUCGUCGUCUUCCAUUACCAGAUAUUGUUCUUCCAAAAUAUGGAGCCUUCGAACAUCGUUGUCUGAUGUCAGAAGGUCCUGCUAGUACACGUGUUAGAUCCAUUUCAAUGGAUCUUGGUGAUGCCACUGAGCUUCCAUUGACCACUUUAGUUUAUAACUCUGUUGAUUCUGUUAAUGAUACAUCAUCUUCCCCUUGUGUUGAGAUACGAAGGUUGAAUGAAGGUGACAGAUUUUUUCUAAAAGGCGAAGAAAAUGAUGAAAACUCGGUGUCAUUGGUUCUCCGCAUAUCUGAUCAGAGUGGGCGAGCAAGAAAUAUCCAUUUCAUAUUCUACCUCGACAGUGAUUCUGCCAUCUCAGUUUCAAGUGAAAUGGUUGAGCAACUAGAACUUUCUGAGCAAAGUGUUAAAUUCAUAGCAGAGUUAAUUGAUCUAUUAUUGAUAACUUUGAUUCCCAAUUGGAAACCUUGUGUAGCGAUUGAUCAUUUAGUUUCUUGUACUGGUAAACUAACUCAUCCGAGUCAACGGAAAGAAUCAGAGUUAGCAAAACACAGAGUAAACUCAGAAGAUUUUAGCGAAAAUGUGGCCGAAGAUGUAGGUUCCUCAACCUCACCAGGAAGAUCAGAAGAAAAGGAAAACCAUGAUACUGUGAUUUUUCACGAGGUUUUGUCUCAAGCAAGCAAUGAUUUUCAAAGAGCAAUAAAGAAAGAUGAUUUUUGUUCUGAUAUUUCAUACACUUCUGAAACAUCUGACUUCAAUGAUAAGCAUUUUUCUACAGUUUCAUUCAUGUCUGCUAAAUCAGGAUUUACAGACUGUGACUUGCCUAAAGUUAAUAGUCAAUGCUCACUUGCUUCUGAAAUGGGGGCAUCACCUGAUUAUAGGUGUAAGUUGCCAUGCUUAGAAAGCAAUGGUAUAAUGAAAUCCUUUAAUUAUCCCACUAGUGCUUCUUGCUCGUGUGAACAUGAGGAUGAGUUCAAAAUAGAGUUAGAAAUGAUUGAACAGCAGUAUCAAGAUGCAAUUAAAGAAUUAUCAAAAAGAAGAUACCAGGCCAUCGCAGAGACCAGCAGGAGACUGUCACAAAAAUAUGCAAGCAUAAAAUAAUUUCUUUCACCCUUCUCAUAUGUAAUAAUUAUUAUUAGUGUUUCAUCUCUUCUCCAUAUCCUUGUAAGUAACAACUGUAAGUAGUUCUUUGUGUAUGAAAAGGUUCACUUAUUAGUCACUGUAGCAAGGAAUUUUCUUUGCAAAAAUCUAUUGAAAAUUA